AAAGAGGGACACAAAUUAUAAUUGAACCGUGGGAAAAAGUACAAAUUUGCAAAAGCAAGUCCGAAAGUUUGCAUUAUUUAAUUUCGCUUCCCCCACUCCCGAAAAAAGAGAGAAAAGAAAGGUAUUACUAUUAUUAUUAUAGCCUUGCAGUGGUUCCUUAUCUCUUCCGCUCGUGGCCUCCCUCUGUCCAUCACUUUCAUUGAAGCUGCCGCCUCUCUCUUCCCCCGUUCCCAUCUCUUCCAACUUACACAUUCAAAAAUGUAUCCAUAGUUUCAAAAUCAAUCCACCAUUAAACUCCAGUUUCACCACUAUGAUCCAUCUCCACACUCAAAAAACCUCUGAAAUUCUAUACCCAUGAAGCGAGACCACACUCACCAAUCCUCAAAUCCCGCCGCCGCAGCCUCCGGCAACCCCAAGACAUGGCCGGUCAAGGAGGAGGAAGACGACGACAAAGAUCUAGCUGCUCUUGGCUACAAUGUCCGGUCGUCGGACAUGGCCGACGUUGCUCUGAAACUGGAACAGCUAGAAAUGGUAAUGGGUUUGUCGGAAGAAGAUGGAAUUUCUCACCUCUCUUCCAAUACAGUCCAUUACAAUCCUUCUGAUGUUUCUUCUUGGGUUCAAAGCAUGCUCGCUGAACUCAAUACUCCGCUUCAAUCCCAAGGAAUGAUCCAUGACCCUGUUCUCGCCAUAGCUGAAUCCAGUUCCUCCUCCGUCCUCGCCGCCUUCACCGACGAUUCCGAGUACGAUCUUAGGGCCAUUCCGGGCUUUGCUGCUUUCCCACAACUCGAUUCCACCAACCCCAGAAAGCGAUUCAAGAAAUCAGAUUCCGAAUCCCUUCCUGCAUCUGCAUCUUCUUCUUCUUCGUCGUCCUCGUCGGAGCCGUCGCGCUCGGUGGUUCUGGUGGAUUCCGCCGAGACUGGCGUCCGUCUGGUCCAUAGUCUUCUCGCCUGCGCCGAUGCCGUCGACACAAACAAUCUCAACCUUGCUGAGGCUCUACUAAAACACAUCAGAAUCCUCGUUGAAGCUCAGGCCGGCGCGAUGAGAAAAGUCGCUGGCUAUUUCGCUCAAGCUCUCACUCACCGGAUUUACAGAUUCUACCCACAGAAGCCCUUCAAUUAUUCAUCUUCAUACACCGAUCUUCUCCUCAUGCAUUUCUAUGAAUCUUGCCCCUAUCUGAAAUUCGCCCAUUUCACUGCCAAUCAAGCUAUUCUCGAAUCCGUUGGUUCUGCUGGUACCGUCCACGUCAUCGAUUUCAACCUCCAGCAAGGCCACCAAUGGCCGCCGUUGAUUCAGGCCUUCGCACUCCGACCAGGUGGGCCUCCGGCGUUUCAUCUUACUGGAAUCCGUCCCCCACCGGAGGAAAAUUCCUCUGACGGAUUACAUGAAGUGGGCUCGAAAUUGGCGCAAUUCGCGGAUAAAUUCGGCGUGAAAUUCGAAUUCCGUGGAUUUUUCUGCAACAAUUUGGCCGAUCUCGAACCGUCAAUGCUCAAUUUAGAAACAGAAACCGUCGCUAUAAACUCCAUUUUCGAGCUCCACCGGCUACUGGCCAAUCCGGGCGCAAUUGAAAAAGUUCUAACAACAAUCAAAGAACUGAACCCCAAAGUCGUCAGCGUCGUGGAGCAGGUCGCCGAUCACAACGGGCCAUCGUUCGUAGACCGAUUCACAGAAGCACUACACUAUUAUUCAAGCUUAUUCGAUUCGUUAGAAGGGUCGCCGGCAGGGGAGGAGGAUGUGCUGAGGUCAGAGGAAUAUUUAGGGAGGCAAAUCUGCAACGUAGUGGCGUGUGAAGCUUCCGACCGGGUCGAGCGACAUGAGACGGUGGCGCAGUGGCGGAACCGGUUGGGCUCAAGUGGGUUCGAGAUGGUUCAUCUGGGUUCGAACGCGUUCAAGCAGGCGAGUACUUUGCUGGCGGCUCUGUUCGGCGGUGGAAAUGGGUACAGAGUCGAAGAGAAUAAUGGGAGUUUGACUUUGGGAUGGCACACUCGGCCGCUCAUCGCCACGUCGGCCUGGACGCUGGCCGGAGGCGGUCGGAAUGCCUAGUCGGCUCGGCCGAGUUGAGGGCGGAUCUGAACCCUUUGAAAUAUAGAGAGGGAAAUAGAAGGAAAGUGGUGGUUUUGUGUAAUUCUUCUUUGUUUAGUUGUUUUAUUACUCUCUUCCUUUUUAUUUUGUAUUUUACUGUUUUGCCCCCCUUUUUAUUUUUGAAAAUAUGGUAGAGAAGCUGAGGAAGAGAAGGGGUUUUUCUUUUA